GUACAUUUAUUAUCACAUACUUUGACCGGACCAGUGCGUUGGGCAACAUCGCGUCGGAGCAACUACAGUUUGAAACGACUGACGGUGGAAAACUCCCGGUACCCAUCCAUGUCUUUGGUUGCGCUAAUACAAUUUCGGGGCUGAGCAAUUCUCAAGAGAGCGGACUGCUUGGACUAGGUCUUUUUAGGUUUUCCCGAGUAAGACAGCUUGGCGGCAAACUCUCCCACUGCUUCGGUGACAUACAUGACCCCAAAUAUGAGCACAGCAUGCUAGUCUUUGGUGAAGGAGCGGUCCUUGAAGGUGAUGUGACACCCUUGGACACGUCUGGUCGGCUUUACUCUGUAAGUAUGGAGGGGAUCAGUGUCGGGGACGAGAAAUUGAACAUAGAUCCAUCCAUUUUUAAGAGCCAGACUUUGGGUGAUGGCGGGGUUGUCAUCGACACUGGAUCGACCUACUCGGUUUUGGCCAAGGGAGGUUAUGAACCGUUGCGCGAGGAAGUUCAGAGCCUGCUCGACCCGUCCUUACAAAGGAUCACUUACAGCCAGGAACCAGGGUUGCUGUGCUACAAGGGGCAAGUUGACCGGGAACUCACUGGGUUUCCAGCAGUUUCUUUUCACUUAGCCCAAGGAGCAGAUAUCGUGCUCGAUACAUCCAGCAUGUUCAGGCAAAUGGAAUUGGAUACAUUCUGCAUGGCAAUCGAACCUUCAAAUGACAAAAUGUCGAACGUUAGUAUAAUUGGGAACCUGGCAUUACAGUCAUAUAAUGUGGGUUACGAUAUUGAUGGCGGCAAAAUGUAUGUCCAGAGGAUAAAUUGCGAGCUUCUUCAGAGUUGAUUUUGCUUCUUUUCUAGGCAAAAUCAUGGAGUAGAUAUUUCCUCAUAAAUAUUAGCUGUUACUUAUCCUAUACAAUUAUAUAUAUGUGCCAGGCUUGUUCUUUAA